AUGAAUCAUAGGUCAAUUAGACCAUCUAGUGCUUAACAAAAUAUUUCACAUAUAAGUGAUAAGAAUGUAUCCUUUCAUAAGAAGUACUAUAUACCUUUUAAUCUAAGUCCUUAUAAGUAACCCAAUCUACACAACGUUUCACAAUAUAGAGUCAAGGAAAGUGAAAAACUUUUUGAAGAGAGCUUGUAACUUAAGCUUUUAAUUAAUUAAUUGAAAGAUGAGAAUAUUAAGCUCAGAACAAGAAAUACUAAUUUAGAAGUAAUAUUGCAAUCAUCAUCUAGAAAGACUUAUAAAAAUGUUAAAAAAUUAUAGAAGAAGUAGAAACUACUGGAAAUAUGAAACGAUUUUAUGCUAAGCCAAGCACUGAUAAUUAAAUGAUUCUUAGUUUUAAAGGUUAAAUUAAAGAAUUGCGAUUUAAUCUUGAUUAAAGAGAAUAAGAGAUGUUAACUUUGAAAAAGUCUGCAAAAUACACAAAAUUGACAGAAAUGGAAAUAGAACGUAAAAUGUUCCAAGAUGAAACAAUUCGAUUAAAAUAAGUUAUCGAUGAAUUGGUACAAUAAAAUAUAUAUGCUUAAUAAAAAGAGCAUGAUUAAUAAAAAUUAUAGGAUAAGAUUGCAUAAUAAGAUAAUCUAAUUAAAUAAAUGUAAUAAGAUAUAGAAUCAUAUGAAACAGAUAAUAAAAAUCUUUAAUCACAAUUAUAACAGUUGAUUUAAGCUUACCAAGAUCUUGAUAGAGAGUUUACAAAACUUGAUUAAAAUAUGUAGACAAAAUUGAAAUCAAAAGAUAAACAAUUAAUUGAACUAAAAACUUAAAUAACAAGAUUAAAAGAAUAAUAUGAUAAAGAAAAGAAAUUACAUCAAUAACCAAAAUUUAGUCCUACUCUAAAAACACAUAAUAAAGUAACAAAACGUAUUUAGAGUGCUAAACCACCUGAAUAGAUUAUAAAGCCAAUCUAAAUAGAUGAAGUAAAUCACAUAAUUUAAGAGAUUAAAUAUAAAUUAAUAGCUUUAUCAUUACAUUCAAAAUAGAUUGAUACUUUAUUAUUAAAUUAAUAAUAAUAAUAAACAACAAUAGGAUAAUUGACAGAAAAGUUGAUAAAUGAUCCAUUUUUUUUGAAUAAAACAGAUGCUAAUAAUUUAGCUAGAUUUUUAAUAGAAUCUCCUUAAUAAAAGUAUCCUUAUACACCAAAUCUUUAAAUUGCAUAAGAUAAUGGAUUGAUAAGAGGAAUGUUUUUUAAAGUGAUAGGAUUUUGGGCAUGUUAUGAUUAAGUUGAGAAAAGAGUAUUAGAAUCAAGUUUAGCAAAAUUAUUUUAAGGAUAAGUUAGUUAAGUAGAGAGAACAAUGGGCAAAAAUAUUUAUACAAAAAAGGAUUUUAUAAGUUAAAUAUAAAAGAUACUAUAAAAGAAAUAAAUAAGAGAAUUAGAAAUGACAUAUUUAAUAUCAAAAGUAAUAAUUAAUAUUAAUAGAUUAGAUAAUAUUGCAAUCAAAGAAUUUAAAUUCUUUAAAAGGAGAUGCAUUAGUGAAAUAUUUAAGAGAAUUAGAGAAACUUGAAAAUGUAGAAGAUGUUAGAGCUGAGGAUUUAUAAUAAUAUUAUGAUAGUUUAGGGUAAUAUAAUAAUAAAUAAAUAAAAUUAGAUAAGACAAAGGUUUCUUUUUUUAUAAAUAAUUGAGAAGUAAAUAAGAAUAAAUGAUAGCAUUAUUGGAGACAAAGGAAGAUAAAGUGGAAGAAAUUGAUAUUAAUUUAGGAAAUGAUGGAAUUCCGUAAAAAUCAGUUUAACAAUAUAUUAUAAAAGGUGGAUUAGUGAGAAGUCAUUCUGAUCCAGAUCCAUUAUAAUUAAUGUUAAUAUAAAAGAAUGAAGAAGAUGAAGAAGAAGAAUAAGAAUAAGAGAAUUAUUAAUUAUAAUAGCAAAAGAAUUAAUAAUAAUAAUAUUAAUAUAAAUAAUAAUAAGAGAAAUAUCCAUUUAAUUUUGAAGAACAAGAUGGUGAAUAUGAAAAUGAUGAAGAAGAAAAUGAUGGAUAUUAACCAGAUUUAAAUAAUGCACAUAUAGAAGAAUAAGAUUAAUAUUAAGAAGAAGAUGAUGAUUAUAAUAUAAAUGUUGAUGGUGUCUUUGAAGAAGAUAAUGAUGAUGAAAAUGAUUAAUGGGAAAAAGUAGAGAAUAAAGGCAAUUUUCCAGUUCGUUAAGAGUAUAUAUAUAAUAUUUAUAAAUAGUCGAUAAAUACCAAAUAGCAGACCAACCUCAAGUUAUGUAAAUAAAGUUAAUAGAAGCAAUAGUGAUAUUAAAGCUAGUCUAGUUUCAGAAUUACAUCCAACUAAAGAAAUUAAUGAAGAAGGUAUAUUAUUAUAUUAUAAAUCUAAAGAAUAUUAAGAGGAAUAAUUUGAAGAAGAAAAUUGACAUAUAAAUUUU